UCUUCGUCCUUUCCCCACGUGCUGAACUGCGCACACAACGCAUCAUUUAAGGAUAACUACCCCCGCACUGCCACAACUACGUAAAAAAAUCAUCAUGUCUGAGGCAGAAAUUAAUGACGAUCACCGUCACAUUUCACGCAUUGCGAUCAGACCCCCACCCUUCUGGAAGGGCAACCCUAACUUAUGGUUUGCUCAGUUGGAAGCACAAUUUUCGAUAAAUAACAUAACCGUCGGCGACACCAAAUUUAAAUACGUCGUUGCUGCAAUAGAGCCGGAAAUUUUAAAUUCGGUGCAGGACCUAAUCCUCAACCCGCCCGACCAGAAUAAAUUUUCCACGCUAAAGGUUCGUCUCAUCGACGUCUAUUCCGAGAGCGAGACCUCCAAAAUCAGAACUCUUCUUCAAGGGUUGGAACUGGGAGACCAACGUCCAUCCUUCCUAUUAUCACGGAUGCGCGACUUGGCCGGAAACCAUUUUAGCGAAGACCUGCUACAAUCUCUCUGGCUGUCGAGACUUCCUCAUAACGUACAGGCCAUUUUAGCCGCAUCUAAGGAAAAACGCCAACAACAGGCCGCCAUGGCCGACAAGAUAAUGGAAUUAGUCUCCCCCGCUCACAUUCAAACGGUCGANAUUAAUAAAAAAAAUUCACUUGAAUAG